UAUUAUAUUUUACUACAUUUUUGUCUUGUCUAGUCUAGUCUAGUCUAGUCUAUUUUUGUCAUGUUUAGUUUUGUCUAGUCAUGUCUAGUCUAGUCUUGUGUAGUAUAAUCUAACUUUGCCUUGUCUUAAAUCUUAGACCCUUAAAGCUGUGCAGACAAAAAUACAGCAACACAAAAUGUGUUUUUUGAAUUAUAAUCCUAAUAUCAUAUAAAAUAGAAUAUGCCACACCUCUAGUACAAACAAGGUAAAAAUGAGUUUGAACUCAGAUCAGUAUCCGGAGUUAAGAGGUUAGUGCUCAUCCUGUUCACCUUGAACUGAUGAUGCUGCACUUUUUGGGGUCUGAGAAAAUGACAUUGACUGUAAGAGGGGCGGAGCUUCAGAUUCAGAUUCAGCACACGCAGGUUUAGCCCCACAUAAACCACAUCCGUGGUGAACACCGUCCCAAACGUCAUCUGAAUGAGUGAACAUGCAGAUCAGGAGGACAGUGACUGAGCCUCAGUGCGCUUUGUUCUGAUAGAGAUGAGCAGGAAGAUACGUUCACAGAGUUCUGAUACUGGGAUUAAUGGGAUUAAUGGGAUUAAUAUGCUCUGAUUGGGAUUAUGUGCUGUAAAUAAGGCAGACUGAGAUUUUUAUAGAAUUCAGCUUCUGUGCUGUAUAAUAAUAAUCCGCCGAGCCGGACGCUGAGGCUGCCCACGCUCCUUCACAAUGGCUGCUGAAUGCCUGGCUGUUUUCCUGCUUGCGGUCUGUGGACUGGUUCAGUGCAUAGGUGCAGUGUGUGACGUGAGCUGCACCACGGACUACUUCACCAUGCUGAACUGCUCCCUCUCCGCCGUGGCCGGGCCGGUGGAGUGUGAUGUGGAGGCGAGCUGCAGUGAUUCAGAGAACGAAACUGUUGCAGGGAGUUGUGUUAUAAGGCCACCCAGCCGGUGGUGCACCAUAAAACCAGAGGACUUCUUCCUAAUGGCUGAACAUGAUACCAUCUGCACACUAACAGCAAAGCCCACCUCCCAGACCCCAGAUCUCCAGAACAUCACUUCCAUAACCAAGAAGCUCGAUUCCAUCAUUAAACCACUGCAGCCUUUCAAUCUAACUCUCACACAACGUAACGGGAGCGAAGACCUCGUCCUCUCCUGGGUUAUGCCUUAUAAAUCAGAAGGAUACGGCCUGGAAGAUGAAAUGAUGUACGCCGUGUGUUUAAGGCUGAAGGAUGACCAGAGUAAGGAAUCCUGCAAUCUUCCAUAUAAGAUCGGGGACGACCACAAGUACCUGGAAAUCGAGUGCAAGCUGCUUUCCCCAGGCCAGUUAUAUGUGGCCUCGGUCCAGGCCACAGUAAACUCCCCAAGUUUCCCCCCCAGCCAGUGGAGCGAGUGGAGCUCCAGCAUCGAGCUGACCUGCCCCAACACCGAUGUUCCUGAUGUUACUGGGCCAAACGGCUAUCUGAUGCUGCUCUGCAUGCUGGUAGCGCUCCCGUUCGUACUGCUGAUCUACUUUGGAAAGCAGGGACGGCUGAAGAAGCUGGCUCAGUUCCAGUACAUACCCAACCCCCAGGACUUCUUCAAACCCCUGUAUCACACCUAUCAAGGGGACUUUAAGAAAUGGGUCGGACCUGUGCUCACCUUCAACAGCUUCGACAUCCUAGAGAAGAGCGUUCCUCUGCAGGUGCUGAGCGAGAAGCAGCUGGCAGCCCUGCCACUGCAGCGGGAGCACCUGCAGGAGGCGGGCAGUGGCGGGGGCAGUGGCGGGAGCAGUGGCGGGAGCAGCAGUGUGGGGGACUGGAGUCUGCUGAGCUUGCUGAACCCUGGAUCCUCCAAGCGCUACUUCUUUGGAGACAGCAGCCUGGGAACCGUGCGCUCCAGCGGCCAUAUUUCCAUGGACACUGUGACCGUGUCGGGUCAGGAGGGCACCAUGUCGGACUGGACUGGAGGAAGUGGAGGAGCCGGAGGAAGUGGAGGAAGUGGAGGAAGUGGAAGUGACAGGAAUAGACCAGACCCUGGUACUCUGAGGGCACCGGGCGUCUCUGAUGAGGAGGAUGUUCUGGAGUUUGAUGGAAACGACGGCUUGGAGGAGCGGCUUUUCGUUAACGAUAUGGACAAUAUUGAAGUGAUCUCGUUGGACUCGUACAGUUCUAACGAGCAGUCGGACGAUGGCUACCCUCAGGUGGGUCUGGACUUGGACACUAUCGACAGCGGCUUCCUGGAGUCGGACUGCUCGAGCCCAGUGAACUCAGAGUGCGACGGGAGCGAGCAGAUGGAGGCGGCUUUGUUGGGUGGUGGGAUCGCUUCCCAUUCGAACUAUGUCAAACAGUGGGUGUCCUUAAGACCAUCGUCUGAAGAAGACUUGAGUAACUCUGGGCAGUAAACGCAGUGGAUUCUUUGAACUUUUGACCUUUGAACAUUUUACAAGGAACUUUAUGACUCUACGGUGGUGCCCCUUCAUGCACUAGAUGUUGGAUCUGUCCAAAAACUGUUCAAAACUGUUCAAAAACUACCUGAAAUUACUGACUUCUCAAACAGUUAGUCCUACAUAACUGCAGAAGGACAGUGUCACCUUUCAGAAAUGUUUGAAUAAUUUUCUAAUGGAGGCGGCUUUGUUGGGUGGUGGGAUCGCUUCCCAUUCGAACUAUGUCAAACAGUGGGUGUCCUCAGGAUCAGCGUCAAAAGAAGACUUGAGUAACUCUGGGCAGUAAACGCAGUGAACUUUUGAACUUUGAACAUUUUAUAAGGAACCUUAUGACUCUACGGUGGUGCCCCUUCAUGCACUAGGCUUUAGAUCUGUCCAAAAACUGUAAAAAAAAAAAAAAGUGUUUAAAAACUGUUGAAAAACUGUUUAAAAACUGUCUAAAGACUGUCCAAAAACUGUGUAAAAACUGUUGAAAAACUGUUGAAAAACGAACUGAAAUUACUUACUUUUCAAACAGUUAGGCCUACAUAACUGCAGACGGACAGUGUCACCUUUCAGAAUUUUUUUGGACAAUAUUCUAACCAUUUGACAAAAAAUGGAAAACUAGAGAAAAGGAAUUCUGUUUGCAAAAGGCAGAAACGAGAGACUACAUUUCUUCUUCAUAUCCUAAUGAAAAAAACAUUUGAACAUUUUAUAAUGAACUUUAUACUUCUACGGUGAUGUCCCUUUAUGCACUAGACUUUGGAACUGUCCCAAAAUGUCUAAACUGUUAAAAAUGUUACUUACUUCUCAAACAGUUAGUCCUACAGAACUGUGGAAAGACAGCAGAACCUUAAAAAAAUUGGACAAUUUUCUAACUGUUUGACAGACUUGGGGGUAAAACUUAAUUAUUUCAUUGACAUAGAGAAGAAGAAAUGGGGUUUUCAUCCAUUUUCGCAAUCUUUAACUUUUUCAUUCCUUUCAAUUUCUUAAAUUUCCUCUUUUUUAACAUCAGAUUUUUCUUUCAAGAUGCAAAAAUUGGAAAACUAAAGACAACAAAUUCUGUUUGCGAAAGGCAGAAACGAGAGACUACAUUUCUUCUUCAUUAUCCUAAAUGAAAAAAAGAAAUAAUAAUUUUUGAACUUUGAAUAUUUUAUAAUGAACUGUAUACCUCUACGCCGAUGUCCCUUCACGCACUAGGAAUUGUCAGAAUUGUUGAAAUUGUCUGAAACUGUCCCGCUAAUCACAUUAUCGACUAAUCCUACAAUAUAGACUGAAUAUAUCAUGCAAUGAAUAUUGCAGUUUUUUUUAAAUACAGGAAUUUUCUCCAGAUUUCACCAGAAGGCAAUGAUGCAGCACCACCUCGGGACUAUGUUAGGACCCCCCUGGGGAGUUGAGACCCCCAGGAUAAGAACUCUUUUGCAAAAAUGAAUAGAGUAUACAUAAUGUUACUUAAUUUGACCUAGUCAGCAGUAUUUUAUCCUCUUCAGCAACACAGAUGCUGUUUUAAAGAAGUAUCGAAGAGAAAUGUCUUGAAGAGAAUUACACUAUCGUGAUAUGAUAUCUGCUACCCCUUUGGUAUCAAUCAAACAGAUUUUGCACAUUGCCCUGUGAUGUGACUAUUGUACAUGUGCACAUUGCAAUAGCAAUACUAAAUCGGUAUAUAUAUUGUGCAGCAUUAGUUUAACUGCACUUGCUUGAUUAUUAUAAUUAUCGUGUCUAGUAGACAUAAAGGUGCAUCUAAAAAAAAAAUCGAACAUCAUGCCAAAGUUUUACUUUAUUUCAGUAAUUCAGUUCAAAAUGUGAAACUCAUAUAUUAUAUAGUAUGUAUUACACACAGAGUGAUCUAUUUUAAGCGUUUAUUUCUUGAUGAAAACCCAAAAAUCAGUAUCUCAGAAAAUUAGAAUAUUAUAUAAGACCAAUUGGUACUUUUGGCAGUGUGAGCAGUGUGCCGAAUCCUGCUGGAAAAUGAAAUUUCAGCAGAGGGAAGCAUGAAGUGCUGUAAGACUUUGGACUUGAUAUAACACCAGCAGAUGACAUGUCUCUGCAAACCAUCACUGAUUGGUGGAAACUUCACACUAGACCUCGAGCAGUUUGGACUGUGUGUCUCUCCACUCUUCCUCCAGACUCUGCUCCCUUGAUUUUUUACAAAUAAAAUGUAAAAUUUACUGAUGGUCAGUGAUGGUUUGGAGAGACAUGUCUGUCAUCUGCUGGUGUUGAUCCACUGUGUUUUAUUAUCAAGUCUAAACUCAGUGCAGUUUUUUUUGUUUUCCCACAAAAUCUAACAGCACUUCAUAUCUUAUAGCUUCCCUCUGCUACUGACAACUUUUAUGGAGACGAGGAUUUCAUUUUCCAGCAGGACUUGGCAAUUCUAAUUCUCUGAGAUACUGGCUUUUGGGUUUUUUAUUGGCUGUAAGCCAUAAUCAUCAACAAUAAAAGAAGUAAAUGCUUAAAAUAGAUCACUCUGUGUGUUUAAUACAUCUAUAUAAUACUGUAUAUGAGUUUCACAUUUUGAACUGAAUUACUGGCGUAUAGUAACUUUUUUUAAUGAUAUUCACAUUUUUAUGAGAUGCACCUCUUAUAAGGCUUAUAAAGGCCUUAUGAUGCACGAACAAUAGCUGAUUGAUAUAGCGUGAUGCAUUUAUCUAGCAGGAUGUGCGACUGCUGAUGUUAUCACUUUGUGAUAUCAAACCAUAACAAAGAGUCAGAACAAUGUUCUCAAUGUAUAUGCUAUAUAUGCAUUUAUACAGUAUAUAUAUGUUCAGUAUUAAAAUAUAAAAUACAGUGGACUCAAUGUAAAAAGAUACUAGCUGUACCAUCAUCAUUCUCACGGUUCUGGUGGCUGAGAGGCCGGGCUGACAGGGAUCUGAUGAGUGCGUGUUAACUCAGGGAGAUAAGCCAGCAGCUCAGACGCACUUAUGAAGUGCCUUCAAUCUGAUAAUGCCCCAUCAGUGCCAACCUAUCAGAUCCUGCAUGCACACGAUUACAGCUGCUGAGCUCAGCUGCUGACCUUUCUUUUCUUUGUUUGAAGUAGCCGAUGUACUCAGGGAAAGUACGAGCCCGACUCUGAACGUGUCGUGUCUCUGUGUAAAAUGUAAAUAACUGUAAAUAAAAACAGAAUACAAUGA